UGAGUGUUGUAAAGUAAAUGUGUUUAAUGACUGUGUGUGCACAUCUCAUGCUCUCACUUGCAAGCAGUACACACCCCUUCCCCUCAUCCUCUGCUGUGACAAUCAACACAUCUGUACAGAGGUUGUUUGGUUUGGAGAGAGGUCGGACUGUGUGUGUGUGUGUGUGUGUGUGCGCGCGUGUGCGUGUGACAGCAGACAGCAGCCCAAAUCUGUCUGAACCGUUGUUUCAUUUUGUCACAAGGUCACAGACAGACAUGCAGCUCACUGAAGUUUACUUGUUUGAAAGGUACAUCGCGUCUCUGAAAUUAAUGUGCUGCCUGUCCUGAGCCCGGGAAGAAAGGAGGCUUUCCAAAUUCAGAGAGCACUGGAUCAGGGAAAAAACAGUUGCCCUUUUUUGGAGAUCUUUGCUGCUGACAACAUUUAGAGUUUCAUGUUAGGAUUCAACUAAAUUUCAUUUACUGUUAAAAUGCUUUCUAUUUUUUGGAUUAAUCAAUUAAUCAUUUGAACUGUAAACCAUCAAAACUGAUACAAAAAAGACCAUGUAUUAUCCUGUCUUAUAUUUUCUUGAUGUAAGACCAAGAAAAAUGGUUGCUUCUCACAUUUGGAAACCUGAAAUCAUUCAUAUGUUUGGCAUUAUUGCUUAAAGAUUGGCUUACGUGAUUAGCAAAAUAGUUGAGGAUUAAUAUUGUUUCAUUUGACUGAUUGAUUAAUCGCCUGAAAGUUGCAGCUCCAGCUUCAUGUAUCUCUUUGAUCAUUUAUUUCAUGUGUGUUGUCUUUGUUUCCCGGCUGACGUAAAAUCUGUCUGUUGGUGUUCAGGGUUGUUUCAGAUGCCCCUGAAGUUUCUGUGUCACCAGAGAUCGGGUUAUUUUAAGGAGUACUUGAGCCAUAUUCAUAUUGCUUUGACAUAAAGUUGGAGACACGUUUGAAAAUAAUGGUGAAAAUUGAAGCAAUAGGGACCAAGACAUCCUGGGUCACUUUCCAAAAACACUAAAUCUUAAAUUUCCCAUAAAGCAAAUGGACAGUGUGCUUCCUAAAUGCUCUUUCCUUUAAACCCCACAUGCCUAUUUUGUAAAAACAGAGUCACACACAAAGUAUUCUGCUGUUGGUGGCUGAACUGAACGUCGUAUGUUAAAAUCACAUGAUUUUAGCUUCAUCGUUGUGAUUCAUUCAGGUUUAACUUUAGAUCUUAGAUUGCACAAAAGUGACUGAGCAGUAGGUCACCGCUGUGUGAUGCCAGUGAUGACCAUGAAGCCACCACGACGCACAUGCAUGUGUCAUGAAAUGGCAGUUUGGGUUGUUUUCCACUUGGACGUUUACAAAAGGCAGUAUUUUAACUGUAUAAAUGCAGACUAGUCGGUUGAAAAAUCGCAAAAAAAGGUUCAGAUUUGAUUCUCAAGGGUCUCAGAGUUUAUUACAUGUCUACAGACCUGAUUGAUGAUGAAGGAGGAGAGACGAAUGGCUCGAGCGUGUUGGCGGCCUACGAGCCUGAUUUAAACUGAAGUGGGUUCAGCGCGUGAAUCAUUCGCCGUGUGUGUGUGUGUGUGUGUGUGCGUGUGCGUGUGUUGGGGGGGAAAGAGGAAAUGACUGCGUUUGGUAACUCACGAGUUUUCAAAGCCACUUAGACUCCACCGGAGGCGUGUGCUCUGCAGCCGAGCUGCAUGGUGUCUGUGAAGAUAAACCAGAAGAUGUGAGGAUGUCACCGGGCGCACCAGCUUCCUUUUACGCGCCGAUCCGGAGUGCCAGUGACUGAUCAGAAAAGCUUUUGUUGGAAAACCGAAUUAUUCUGCUGAAAGCUAAACCGGUUCAGCUGACCAGCGUGGGGGACUUGGCGUAAUCCACUACUUUGCGUUCAUUAUCUAUGACUUAUUAAUGGGGCGGGGGGAUGCUUUGACCAAGGUUGAACUGUGUUUCUGCUCAGCGUCUGUUAGUGUAACUAUUUGCAUUGUGUAUUUGUACAUAUGACAACGACAGAUCUCUGAUUGUGAAUAAAGGAAGUUUUAUCACAGGAGUCGAGUCCAUCAUGGAGCAGUUUGUGCCCGCUGGUCGCUCUUUAUCAGUCUGCAGGCGCCUGUGUUACGCUGUGGGACAUUUUCUAAACGACCUGUGCGCCUCGAUGUGGUUCACCUACCUGCUGGUCUUCCUGCACUCCGUGCUCGGCUUCGAGAGCACCUACGCAGGUGAGAUGCUGCUGAUUGGUCAAAUAGCGGACGGCGUGUGUACGCCUCUGGUUGGAUAUGAAUCCGACAGGACAGCUGGCGUCUGCGGCAAGAGAAAAACCUGGCAUCUACUGGGAACUGUGUGUGUUAUCAUCUCUUUUCCCUUCAUAUUCAACCCCUGCCUGGCCUGUAACAGCAACACUCCUACGUGGGCUCAGCUCGUUUACUUCUCCCCCUUCAUCAUCGUCUUCCAGUUUGGCUGGGCGGCCACUCAGAUCUCACACCUGUCCCUCAUCCCCGAGCUGGUGUCCAGUGAGAGCGACAAGGUGGAGCUCACUGCGUACAGGUACGCCUUCACUGUGGUGGCCAACAUCACAGUGUACACCGUGGCCUGGCUGCUCUUUCACUUUCAGUCUCGGCACAGCAUGGACCCGUCCAUCACAGACAGCCUGGGGCCGGUGGACAUCCCUCUGUUCCGGACGCUGGCCCUCAUCGUGCUGGGCACUGGCGCUUUAUUCUCCUUGAUCUUCCACGUCGGAACAAAAGAGGACGCGUCAGGCCCAGCGAGGGACGAUCGGCUGAUCACGGCUUCCCCUUCACAGGAAGCUUUGCCUCGUCCAGUGUUUCAGUGGAAGCAGUGGCUGAAGGAGCCCUCCUUCUACCAGAUGGCUUUCCUGUACAUGUGCACAAGGCUAAUAGUCAACUUAUCGCAGACCUACAUUUCGUUUUACCUCAUCAGCUCACUGCUGUUGCCAAAGAACUUCAUUGCCACCAUACCUCUGGUGAUGUAUGUCAGUGGCUUUGUGUGCUCUCUGGCCAUGAAACCACUCAGCAAGCUCAUAGGAAUCAGUAUCACCUAUCUGAUCGGCCUGUUUCUGGUGUUUGGCUUCGCCGCCUGGGUGCUUGCGGACAAGCACAUGGGAGCUGAGAGCGUCUAUGGAGCAGCCGUGCUGCUGGGAACCGGUUCAGCUACGAUCCUGGUCAUGUCUCUGUCCAUGACAGCAACACUCAUCGGGGAGCAGACGCAAAGUGGAGCUUUUGUUUAUGGAUCGAUGAGCUUCACGGACAAAGUGGCCAACGGCUUGGGGGUCAUCCUCAUCCAGAGCAUCCGACCAUGCAGCACAGAGGCCUGCUGCCCGGCGUGUGUUUGGUUUUAUCGUGACGUCAUGGUGACCGUAACCGGGGGCGUGGCUGUGGCUGCGUUGCUUUGCCUGUUCACAACUGUGAUCUGGCCAAUCAGGAUACGGACAAGUUAAAAGGUUCAAAAUCUACGCAUCGCUCAUUGGUGGUCAUCGGGUCAUACAUGUGUGCACACGCACAGAAAUCAACCACUCACCUCUGAUUUAAUAACCUGAAGUGUUAUGUAACAGAAUCAAUUUUUGUUUUUCUUUUUGUUAAAAUCCACAGUUACUAUUUCAGCUCAAUACAGAGCCCACAUGUGUUUAAACUCCUCUAGGGUCAUGCCUUCACUCGCUAAUCUUUCAAAAUAUUUACAUAAUUUGCAAAAAAUAUUUUUGCUGAGGGAAAUACUGCAGGAGAUGAAGCCAUGCUACCACCUAUUGUAUGAAUUUGUAACUGCACUUCUUUCCUGGAUUGGUUUGUAGGCUUUUAAAACUGAUAUUAAAAGCUAGACAAAGAUCUUUAAAUGGACUUGGAUGUCAAGAAUGGAUAUAAAAGGUGAAAUCACAGUCAUGUAAAUGCAUAAAUGCAAUACAAAUGCAAACAAAAUACAAAAUAUUUCUCUAUAUAGACAAAAGUAUUGGGACAUGCUUUGGGGACUUCUUUAUUACUGAAUUCAGGUGCGGUAUGAGACUGUUUUUCUCGGGCUUGGCCUCUUACUUCCAGUGAAGGGAAAUCUUAAUGCUUCCAACUUUGUGGCAGUUUGGGGAAGAACCUUUUCUAUUUCAACACGACUCCAUACAUGCAGACGUAAUUGGAUGAGUUUGGUGUGGAAGAACUUGACUGGCCCACACAGAGUCCUGACCUCAACCCCAUCCAACACCUUUGGGAUGAACUGGAACAGAGAUUGUGAGCCAGACCUUUUGGUCCAACAUCAGUGUCUGACCUCACAAACACUCUGCUGCAUGAACGGGCAGAAAUUCCCACAGAGAGAGAGACUGAGAGAGACGAGACUCAUGACAGCUAGCAUCUGAAUGAUUAUUAUUAUUUGCACCACUUUGUUUGAUACUGUGGAGAAAGUUUACCAAGUUACCAAACACCGGUUGGUUAGAAGAGUUAAAUCUGAAAAUGAUCUGUUCUGACUGACAGACUGACACAGGAAGAAAUCAGAUUUUUGUUUGAUUAUUGUAUUAAUUCAUUUAUAAUGUUGCUUUUACAAUUUAACAUAAUUUAAUAAUGUCAGCACACGUUUUUAUAUUUGUUCUUUAUUUUGUCUGUGUGAUAUGUUUGUCGUUGUUUUAUGUCUUAUGAAAGCUUCACGUUUGAAUUUGUAAUUGUUUCAUAAUGUCUCAGCAAAUUUACAUUAUGUCAGAAUUAAGAAUAAAAGAAACAAAUGAUCAUU